CAAAAGGCGGCGGGCGGCAGGCUCCGUGCUGGGAGCUGCGCGCAGGCGGCCGGACCUUCCACUCGUGGAGCAGCCGGGCGGGGACGAUGCUUCGGGUGCGGUGUCUUCGCGGCGGAAGCCGCGGCGCCGAGGCAGUGCACUACAUGGGCUCUCGGUUUGGGCAAACCUUAACAGGAUGGGUGCAGCGAACUUUCCAGAGCACCCAGGCAGCUACAGCUUCCUCCCGGAACUCCUGUGCAGCUGACGACAAGGCCACUGACCCUCUGCCCAAGGACUGUCCUGUCUCCUCUUACAAUGAAUGGGACCCUUUAGAGGAAGUGAUAGUGGGGAGAGCAGAAAAUGCUUGUGUUCCACCCUUCACGGUGGAGGUGAAGGCUAAUACAUAUGAAAAGUACUGGCCAUUUUACCAGAAGAAUGGAGGUCAUUAUUUUCCCAAAGAUCAUUUGAAAAAGGCUGUUGCUGAAAUUGAAGAAAUGUGCAAUAUUUUAAAAAUGGAAGGAGUGACAGUGAAAAGGCCUGACCCCAUUGACUGGUCUCUGAAGUAUAAAACUCCUGAUUUUGAGUCUACAGGUUUAUACAGUGCGAUGCCCCGAGACAUCCUGAUGGUUGUGGGAAAUGAGAUCAUUGAGGCUCCCAUGGCAUGGCGUGCACGCUUUUUUGAAUACCGAGCAUACAGGUCAAUUAUCAAAGACUACUUCCACCGGGGUGCCAAGUGGACAACAGCUCCAAAGCCCACAAUGGCUGAUGAACUGUAUGACCAGGAUUACCCCAUCCAUUCUGUGGAAGACAGACACAAAUUGGCUGCUCAGGGGAAAUUUGUGACGACUGAGUUCGAGCCAUGCUUCGAUGCUGCUGACUUCAUUCGAGCUGGAAGAGAUAUUUUUGCACAGAGAAGCCAGGUUACAAAUUACUUGGGCAUUGAGUGGAUGCGUAGGCAUCUUGCUCCAGACUACAGAGUACAUAUCAUCGCCUUUAAAGACCCUAAUCCAAUGCAUAUUGAUGCCACAUUCAACAUCAUUGGACCUGGUCUUGUGCUUUCCAACCCCGACCGACCAUGUCACCAGAUUGAUCUUUUCAAGAAAGCAGGAUGGACCAUAGUCACUCCUCCAAUACCUGUCAUCCCAGAUGAUCAUCCACUGUGGAUGUCGUCCAAAUGGCUUUCCAUGAAUGUCUUAAUGCUGGAUGAAAAGCGCGUUAUGGUAGAUGCCAAUGAGGUCCCAAUUCAAAAGAUGUUUGAGAAGCUGGGUAUCAGUACCAUUAAGGUAAACAUUCGAAAUGCCAACUCUCUGGGAGGAGGCUUCCACUGCUGGACCUGUGAUGUCCGGCGCCGUGGCACCCUUCAGUCCUACUUCGACUGAGCAGGCCUAAUGUGGCUUGGGGCAUGGCCUCAGAUAUACCUAAGAAGCUUGGGGCAAGGUUCGUUCUCUCGCUUUAAAAAGUGCAUAGACUAUAGUGCUUUGAACAAUCACAUCCUUAGCAGGGGUCUCAAGCCUGGUUUACUUUACUUUUCUUUGACCUAAGAGUAACUUCUGUUAGCAUUACUUUCUUACCCUAAAGUUAUUUACUAUUUGGCUUCAAAUAUAAGAAUUGGGUGAAUGUGUAGCAAGGCAAAAAUUAGUCACUUGAGUAACUUGGCCACUAAUAUUUAACCAUCUACCUCUUUUUAAUUUUCUUUCCAAAAG